AUGGCGGAUAGGACCGUCCUUCAUUUUUUUUCCACUCAACGUCUGACAGGCCAAUCGGAAUCGACUCUAGCCCUACGUCACAGCCAAUCGGCUUAUGAGCUGCUCUUCUCGAAAACAUGUCGCCCAUGAAGCUGUGUGUUCCAGGUGAAAAACUGUGCAGUGUGGAAGACUGUAUUCCUGGCACAGGGGUAUACCUGCGGCACGGCUACAUAUACUCCUCUCUAGCAGGCUACGUGCUCAGGAAAAAUGAGGGAGAGGAGUUGCCAGUGAUCUCAGUGGUCAGGGAAACAGAAACACAACUACUACCAGAUGUAGGAGCAAUUGUCACCUGUAAGGUGACCAGCAUCAACCCCAGGUUCGCCAAGGUUCACAUCCUGUAUGUGGGCUCCACGCCACUGAAAGACCGCUUCAGAGGGACAAUCAGAAAAGAAGAUGUGCGUGCAACAGAGAAAGACAAGGUGGAAACGUACAAAAGCUUCAGACCUGGCGACAUCGUCCUGGCAAAAGUGAUCUCUCUCGGUGACGUGCAGUCUAACUACCUGUUGACAACAGCAGAGAAUGAACUGGGGGUUGUGGUGGCACACAGCGAAUCAGGUGCCCAAAUGAUUCCCAUCAGCUGGUGUGAGAUGCAGUGUCCACGGACGCACGUCAAAGAGUUCCGCAAAGUGGCACGAGUACAGCCCGAGUAUCUCCAGGCGUGAGAGCCCUGAGACGUCUUUAUUCCACAAGGAACACACGGCUUCCCCUCCCUCCUUGUCAUGAAGCAGCAUCCCGACUCUGUUUUGGACUUUUCUCGAAAGACUAGGUGACAUCGAUAUUGUUGGCUUCUUCUGGUUUCAUGUCCGAUAGUGUUUUUAAAUAGUGUUUUCCAUUUGUAUUAAUCUAAUGUGCCAGCUUGAAAACACAAAAGCAACGUCAGACCAAAAGAUUUUAAACUAAAUUCAGUGCAGUGACAGGAAUGUAGUUUGCUUUUUAAAGUUGCCUUUAAAUUGCCUGAUGGAAAACUGAUCAGAAUUGUCCGACUCAGUUCUCUCAUGAUGUUACAUUUAAGGAGCCAAAGCUGCCAAACUUUAUAAGUGACCACUGUCUUUAGAGGCUGACUGCAUCAGAAAUUUGUACUUGGUAAACACAAUGUUUGUCAGAUGCAGGAUUUACUUAGUUUCGCUUCAGAUCAUCAGGUCGCUUGAAGGAUGAAGUAGUGCACGUUGCUGGGUGCAUAAAUGUGAGACUUGAUUUAGACAAGGCCCAGACUCCGUCUCAUGUAAAGACAAAAAUGACUCUGUGUUGUAGUGGUGGAAAUCAUUCAAAGGCUGGUGGCAUUUUCACUCUUGGGUCUGAAAUAGGGACGCCUGGACCAAAAAGUGAGCGCUGCUCUUUGAAACUUCUUUUGCAUGUACAGGGCUCACUUUUUUUUUCUCUUUUCUUUAACUUGUCCAUAAAUGUGAAAAAAACAUUGAUUUAGUUGAAAUACAUUUAAUCUCCUCAGGCUCAUUAUUUCUUUCUCAUCUUUAACUUCUGCUUUCAAGUAAACUGAUGGACAAACAUCCACCCAACAGUUUUAUAGGAAAAUGAAUGUGAUGAGAGCCUAAUGUUCAGUCAGAAUGACAACACAGUUACCAUGCACGGAAUACUGAAGAACAACAUGAUAGUCGAUUGUUUUUUUUUUUUGCUUGUACAACACAUUAAAGCUGAACAAUUAUGAAACAGCAGGCAAGCAGUAAUGAUCGCAUUUUAUCUUGCCCUUGGAUUUUCCCUGUUUUUAUUUUACAGCCGACUUUGUUCAUGUGCAGGAUAAAGAAUAAAAUGACUAUCAAAACCACAA